AUGGCCGAAACACUAGUAAAAGAAAUACCCCAUAGAUCGGAUGAUCAGGAUUGGGAUGUAAUUGAAAGUGUUGCUGACCGGGAAGAAACUCAAUUAAAGGACUAUUAUUCUGGAGAGAAUCACGAAAAUGUAGACGAAAAUGAUGAUACGCAGAGAGAAGUACAUUGUUCAAAUAACAAUAUUGGAGAGGACAGAGAAAAGAGAUCUAAAGAAAAUUCUACUCAAGGAGGAGGACUUCUCAGCUUUUGUUCGUUUUGCCUUACCACUAGCUACAUAUGGAUUCAGAAAAAAGAACGACUGCAAUCCACUGAAACAUUAUUCAUUAAACCUAUGUAUUGUGGUAUUUUUCUAGACCUGUCUCUUUUAUUGAAUAGACGGUACCGAGAACACGAUUAUGAAACCACAACACACUCGAACGAAGCUUCCAAAGUCAAAAUACCAAAAUUUGUGAAUGAUACAGACUAUAAUCCAACAGAUGACUGGUCAUCAAAGAGACAAGUCAAAACGCCAAUGAUAUACAUGUGCGCAACUAUGUGGCAUGAAGAAAAAAAUGAGAUGAUACAACUUCUGAAGUCUAUAAUUAGAACAGACGAGGAUCAAAGUGCAAGAAGAAACGCCACAGAUCAAUUUGUGGAUUAUGAUCCAGACUAUUAUGAAAUGCAAGCACAUGUUUUCUUUGACGAUGCUUUCAAAUAUGACGUUGAAAAAGACAGAUAUACAGUUAAUAAAUAUGUGCAAACAUUUAUCAAAUGCGUCGCAGAUGCAACAUCCAUUGUGUACGAUAAAUAUAUAUCAAUAUCGGAUCCUGAACAGAUAGAAACCCCAUAUGGAGCUCAACUUAUCUGGGAUUUACCAGGGGGAAACAAGCUUGUUGCACAUUUAAAGGAUAAAAAGAAAAUUCGUAAGAAGAAACGAUGGAGCCAGGUCAUGUACAUGUACUACUUCCUUGGUUACAAACUAUCAUUACUAAAACAAGACGACGAGCAAAAGAAAAUCAUCGCCCAGAAUACAUUCAUCCUUGCACUUGACGGAGAUGUUGAUUUUCAGCCGCGUGCUGUACAUCUACUUAUAGACCGAAUGAAGAAAAAUUUGAAAGUUGGUGCGGCAUGUGGACGAAUACAUCCAAUUGGCAAUGGUCCAAUGGUUUGGUAUCAAAAAUUUGAGUAUGCUAUAAGCCACUGGUUACAAAAAGCUGCAGAAAAUAUGGUUGGGUGUGUUUUAUGUAGUCCUGGAUGUUUCAGUCUGUUCCGUGGCUCUGCACUUAUGGACGAAAAUGUGAUGGCAAAGUAUACAGCAGUUCCUACCAAAGCAUAUCAGCAUGUUCAAUAUGAUCAAGGCGAAGACAGAUGGUUAUGCACACUUCUUUUGAAACAAGGAUACAAAGUAGAAUACGUGGCUGCAUCUGACGCUUUAACCUUUGCACCAGAGGGAUUUGAUGUGUUUUAUAACCAACGCCGUCGCUGGUCUCCUUCAACGAUGGCUAACAUUAUUGAUUUGAUAUUUGACUGGAAGAAAGUGGUAACAAAUAAUGAUGACAUAUCAAUUAUAUGUGUAGCAUAUCAGACAUUUCUACUGAUAACGUCACUUCUUACACCUGGAACUAUUCUUUUGAUGAUGCUAGGUGCAAUGUACACAGCCUUUCCAACAAUACAGCCUUGGACAGCAUUUGUUGUAAAUCUUAUUCCUGUCGCCAUUAUGGUUUUUCUUUGUUUUAGUUCUAGGAAAGAAACGCAGUUGGCAUAUGCAGCCAUCGUAUCAACAAUAUACGCUCUGGUCAUGAUGAUCGUGAUUGUAGGACUAAUUAAGGAAGCAGUAGACGCUCAAUGGUGUUCUGUGACUACAAUUUUCCUUCUGUUUGUUGCUUCUGCAUUUGUCCUGUCAGCUAUGCUACAUCCACAGGAAAUAGGCUGUAUUUUUCAUGGCUUUAUCUAUUUCCUGGCAAUUCCAUCUAUGUCAAUGCUGUUAAUGAUAUACGCUUUAGGAAACAUAAAUGACAUAUCUUGGGGUACCAGAGAUUCUAGUCCCGUAGAUGGUCAUUCGGCCAAUUCUAAAAAAUCUAAACAGUAUGGAAUACUGAGUUGGUUUUUUGGUUCAAAAGGCACAGAUAACCCAUUUUUAAUUGGAACAAUGUUUAGAUGUGUGUGCUGUUCCCGAGCAGAAGCAGAAGACUCCCGAAAUAAAUCAAUUACAAGUAACCUUAAUAAUACAGAAUCACAGAAAACGGAAACCAGUUUUUCGACAUCACAAACGGGAGUGCUGUCAGGUGCAAAUCAAAUGAGACCUCAGCAUAAAGACCACGAAGAAGUAGAAACAGAAUCAAGUAAGUCGCGGAACAUAGAUGAAACUCAAACACCCGUCAGUCUUGUAGAUGCAUUAAAUCUCGUAAAAGGAAUGCAGAGACCUCCUGUUAAUGAAAUUACAGAUGAUAGCAACGAACAAGACGUAGAAAAUAUUUGGGAAAGGGUGAAGCGCGAUACAAGAAGUAUUAAUCAGGGCACGUUGGAUAGAAACUUUCUGAGAAAUUUUGCAAGUUUUCAGACAACCGAUUUCAACAAGGAAACAUUUAAGGGGAAACAUGAAGAGGAGAAAACGUCGUUUUUUCGUAACGAGUUCGGUUCGGGACUUACCAAUAGAUCUGUUAAAACUCUCAUGUCGAUUAGGGGGAAUGAAGUCUUACAGGAACAAAUCAAACAUAAAGCAAUAAAGCGAAUGGAACAGCUGAAGAAAGAAAGAGCUCGGUUAAAAUUUCAGGCUGCAGGUGCACAAGUGGUUGGGGCGUUCAAUCCAGAUGUUGCAAAUGUUGCAAGACAAGCAAUGAUAAAGAAAACUCUAAGCGAACAUGAUACGGAAAUAAAACAGACAAUGGAAUUCGAUGAAACAGUGCAAAAAACAAUAAUGGCAGAUGCAGAUACAUUAUUUUGA